AUGGCUUCAAUAUAUGAAUUAAUUGGUAUGGAGAAUAAUUUGAAAUAGAAAAUCAAAACUGAGUGUAGUUCUUAAAUUGCAUCACCAAAACAUAAAGAAAUGGAUACUCAAGAAAGUUUAAUAAAGAAAUUAACAGAGAGUUAUAAGUUGUAAUUAAAAUAGAUAUAGGAAAUCAUAACAAAGUAGGAAAAUCAAUUAAGACAAUUAUAGGAUAUAAUAAAGAUAUAAAAAAAAGAGAUAGAUCGAUUGAUUCAUAUCAAUGAAUAUUUUAUGCAGGCAAAUGAAACAAAAUUAAGUAUAUUAAGAGAUGAAAGAUAAUUAAUUCAAGGAAGUAAACCAAACUUAAAGAAUAAAAAUAAUAAUAAAUCAUUAUUUCCGAUAGAGAAAAAGACAAUAAAAUAUCGGAAGAAGUGAAUACUUAAUAAGUUAAACUAUUUAGAAAGCAAACGUUUCGAAAUCCAACUAAAGUUAAAUUUAAUUAAGAUGAUGGAGAUGUCUGUGAAAAUGAUAGAAAUGUACCUGGAGCAUCAAAUCUUUAUGAUGUUUUAUAAUAAGAGGAUUGUUUUAGAACGAAUACAAUAUUAAAUAUCUAAUUAUGUAACGAUCUAUAAUAAAGGUUUAGCUGAUGAAGAUGCAACUACUUAAUAUAAUAUACAUGGUACUGUAUCAUUAAUGAAAGUGCUUCUAGAAUGUGAGGAAAGUUUUAGUGAUAUAAUUCAAUCUAUUUCAGCUUAGAAAUUAUCAUAUUUAUAUGAUAAAUUUAAAAGGAUAAUGUCAGAUCACUAAUAAUUGUUAUUUUAGUAUUGAGAUUAAAAAAAUAGUGAUUGGAGCAUUGUAAAUGAAUUCAUCACUUUUAUUAGAUGAUGCAUUAUAGACUAUUAUAAAUAAAUGUGUAGAUUGUUUAGAAUGUGAUAGAGCAUCUUGUUUUAUAGUUGAUUAAGCUAAAAAAGAACUUUGGACUAGAGUGGCUAAAGGAACUCAAACAACAAUUAGAUUAUAAAUUGGAUAAGGUCUUGCUGGUUUUGUGGCUUAAAAUCAAAUUAUUUUAAAUAUUGAAGAUGCAUAUAAAGAUUAAAGAUUUAAUACUUAAUAAGAUGUCAAAAAUAAUUAUAAGACAAAAACAGUAUUGGUAUCUCCAAUAUUAGAUGGAGAAAAAUGUAUGGGAGUUUUAUAAUGUGUAAAUAAAUAAAAUGGAUAUUUUACUAAAGAUGAUGAGGCUCUUUUGUAAAUUAUGGGAGAAUUUAGUAAAAGUGUAUUAAAAAAUGCCAUGAAUCAUGAUGCUUAGAUGCUUAUCUAAAUAAAUUAAGACACAUUAUUAUGACUGGUAUCAUACUUUAAAGUAAGUAAGAUAAACUCAUAGAUUUUAUUCUAUCUUCUGAAGAAAGAUUAAGAUCUUUGAUGAAUGUAGAUAUGGCUAAAAUUGUUUAUUAUAAUCAACAUUUAUAUCAUAUCAAUAAGGAUGGAAAACUUUCUUACUCUGAUAAUUUGUUGGGUAUUAUGGGAUUGUGCAUUAAAGAUCAAUAGUUAGUGGCUGUGAGUAAUUGUUACACUAGUCCUAUUUUCAAUCCUAAUAUUGACAUCGAAACUAAUAUGCCCAUUAUUUGUAUGCCUCUUAAAACAUAAAACCAUUUAAUAAUUGGAACCAUUUAAGUUAUAAAUUUCAAAGGUAUUGGUAAUAUUUCUUCAAACAUUGAAGCCAAGAUACAUUCUAUCGUAUUUAGAUAUGCUCGAACUCUUUUGUUAACAAUGUGCUCAAAGUUUAUAUUACUACAAAUCCAAUUGUGA